AACUGUAUUCUUAAGAACCAUCAAUACUUCAGAGAAAAUUACACCAGAGUCAUUAAACUCUUUUUAAUGAAUUGAUCUUUUUCUUUUGGAUGCUGAUCUAGAAGCAUAGAUAGAAGGAGAGUGAUAGUGGCAAUAGUGUGUUGGUUUGUCAAACGUACUCAAAUUUGUGGCCUGUGACUGGCAUGUAAGUGUUUGCAAUCACGCUGUAACACUAUUUGACAGUAGUGAAUUACAUCUCUUCCAAAAUCAGGCUAAGGCAAUGAAUCUAUAUAGGUCAGUCCAAGUAUAAGUACAUAUAAAAGGAACUUAAUUUCUUAUUAGGUUAUUGGUCUUAUAAAGGAACACAAAAUCUGCGUGUUAAGGCGGGUUGUGAUUUAGUAUGCGAUUCGAGAAAUGGUGGCGUUUCAUACAAAAAAAUCCUUAGCAUGCCUUGCAUGCAUUCCCGUUUUCUCGCUGCUAGUCCGGUAUUGCAAAAACGGCGGUUUUUAUAUACAUAGCGCAUAUAUAUGUGCCUACGAGCCUUUGUGUUAAUGCCCGAGGUAAAAUCCUGCGAUGCAGUUUCAUAGUGGGGUUUGGCUGGUUCUGUUAGUCAGGCAAGUCGGACUGGAUUGGGCGUUUUAUACGCAUUCCUGAAACAAUGUAGAUAGCAACGCAAGGUAGGCUACUUGUUUGUUUACGGAGAGCGUCUGUGUUUUUCAGCGUCCCUGGGAAUCUUGUUAGGUAUUGUUAUGAUUACACCCCCCACCAAAGUCGGGCAUCUUACUCAACCGCUCCGACAAGGAGCGACUGCUUCUAUAACCGAAACCCAGGGCAAUUGAAGGGAAACGCGAAAACCAGACUGACAAACUUAUUCACCUGUUGAAGAACACGGACACGAAUAAAAAAAAAAACACGGAUGUUAAAGGUUAAACAAUGAGGACGGAAUUUUCUUUUCUCUCUAAUAUUAGAGCAUUUUGUACGUGGAAUGUGAGCAGACAUCCAGUCGUACCUUCCGCAGAACGACGAGCAGCAGAAGCCGGAUGUCUAACUCCAUAGAAACAACGCAAAGGCCCGCGGCGCUGCCGCCUGUCAUCAGGAGUCCACACGUGGCCGAGUACCGGCCCAACUCGUUUUAUAGAAAUGGGCUGACAGGGAAUGUUUAAAUAAAGGGGACGGGGCGCCUCUUGGCAUUUAUUGACGCUAAUAGCCGGGUUUGGACCUGAGUCCAUGGCUACUAUAAUGCUGUGGUUUUGGAAACGAAUUAUGUAGAAUAUCGCAUGUAACUUAUCUGAUAUGUAUUUUUAUCUUGUGUUUUUUAUGUAAAUGUUUUUUCUCCAGUGUUGUGUAAUUUUAAAUCAUACUGUCCGUUUUGUAAUUUUUAGAUUCAGUGUUACAAAACGAAUUUAGUAUAUUCCAUGAGUGAAUUGAUACGAAUAUUUGUUUUUUUCGAACACUACCGUUUUUAAAGAUAAGAGCAACUACUAUCUGGACGUCACGCAGUUUGUUGUUUCGCUUAUCUGAUUGUGAGUCGCCCUCGACUGGAUACUGAUUUUAAAAGACUCGAUAGAUCCACGAACAUACUAGGAUCUUAAAGUUACUGGCACCCCAGUGAAGUUUAUGCUCCUGUGAAAGAUUGGAUGACCGCUAUGGGGAGAUACGGCAAUCACAAAUCCGCGCCGAGAUACCCUCACCCGUUUGUGAAUGAAGUACAACUGAGCAGCGCCCAGAAAAUCAGGGGGGUGCUGCUGGGGGCAGUGCUUUUCCCUACACGUCUCGCCUUGGCUGCCCUGUUCUUCCUGCUCAUGUGGCCUUUUGCCAAACUACGAUUAGCUGGCCUGUCGGCAAAGCAGCGUGCCGAGCCGGUGCAAGGCUGGAGGCGCUGGCUGCUGCACCCCAUUAUCCUGCUGCUCAGCCGAGCCGUCUUCUUCUCCCUCGGCUUUUUUUGGAUCAGGAUCAAGGGUCGCAGGGCGGAUCCCCGGGAGGCGCCCAUGUUGGCUGUGGCCCCCCACAGCAGCUUCCUGGACAUAUUGAUACUCUGUCCGGCUGCACUGCCCACUGUAGUGUCACGUUCGGAGAACAGCAGCCUGCCCAUAAUUGGAGCCCUACUGGAGUUCAACCAGUCGCUUGUGGUGAGUAGGAAGGACCCCGAAUCCAGGAGACGAUGUGCAGCUCAGCUGAAGGAGAGGCUGACCUCGAAUGGCCGCUGGCCACAGAUGCUGUUAUUCCCAGAAGGCACUACGACCAAUGGCCAAGCACUCAUCAAGUUCAAACUUGGGGCCUUCAUGGCAGGAGUUCCAGUGCAACCAGUACUGCUGAGCUACCCCAACAAACUGAAUACUGUGUGCUGGACCUGGAAGGGGACAGACUGGAUGGAGGUGGUGUGGCACACUGCAUCUCAGCUGUAUACCAACAUCACCGUGGAGUACCUCCCAGUCUACACUCCAUCUCAGGAGGAGAAAGCGAACCCCACCCUCUAUGCUGCCAAUGUACAGAAACUCAUGGCUGAGAAGUUGGGGAUCCCAGCCACUGAUUAUGUGUUGGAGGGCAAGAUUCCAGUCCAGAGGAUGGGGUGUUUGUCCCUCCCCGUGGAAGCUCCAGGCAGAGAGACUCUAACCCUCCUACAGCGUGCAGGCCUUAGCACAUCCAGUGUGGAGAGCGCGUUGAGAAGGAUGAUGGACCGUUGUCAGUCAGGCCGGGAAAGUUGUGUCGGCGUAGAAGAGCUCGGCUCACUGCUGCAACUGAAAGACAAGCGGAGAGCUGUGGACAUCUUUGGCCUGUAUUCAAAGGAAGGCCGGAUGGAUCUGAGACAGCUGUGCCUGAGUGUAGCCGCAGUCUCGGGUCUCUGGAGCCUGGAGUCCCUCAUUCAGAUUGCUUUCACUCUCUUUGAUGGGGAACGCAAAGGCAGCCUAACUUCUGGGGAGUUCAAAGAGCUGCUGGUGGCACUCGUGGGUUUCUCACAGAACAACACGGAAGAGCUUUACUCAGGGAUAUCCAGCAGGGGGCAGCCAACCCAGGAGGACCUGAGGACACUGCUGACAGACCAUCCCACUUAUCAGAAAUUGUUUAGGGAGUAUCUGAAACCUGUGGAUGUGUCAGGCCAUGGCGUGUUAGGAAAUGGCAUUAAAGAGCUGGUCAUCAACGGAUCAGCUACAUCCCACAAGAAAGAUGACUGAUCAGGUGAAAAAUGGGCAGGGCAUGAUCUGGGACUUCUAGCAGUCUUAGCACAUCCAGUGUGGGGAGCGCUUUGAGGAGGAUGAUGGACCACUGUCAGUCAGGCCGGGAAAGGUGUCUGUGUAGAAGAGUUCGGCUCACUGCUGCAACUGAAAGAUAUGGUGUGUGCUUUGCUGCAUUCUGCAAAGCUUGUAAGAGUCUGUUUGAAAGCAAAGUGCCAUGACUCACUGUAUAGAAGUGUAUAAAAGACUCUGAAUAUGAAGAAAACCUCUCACAUUUUAUAUGUCUUAGAUAAAUGUUGUAUGGUUUGAUGUCUAUUUAAUAAAUACUACAUAAUAAGGUAUGUGUUUUUAAGAAAUUUUCAAAUUGCAUUUAUUUUACUUUUACAAUUGCGCUGUAAAUGAAGAAUGCCAGAAUAUUAAAAAAUAUAACUGGAA